AUGAAUCAUUAUAAAAUAAAAAGAAUACUUUUAGCCUUAUUUACUUAUUCUUUAGCAUGUGAAACUCAAUGCUCAUCCUGCUCAGCAUUUGGAUUAAAUUGAUACACGUAACCUUAAUCUAGUGACAGUUGCUCUGAAAAGACUUGUUCUAAAGCUGAUAACUCUUGCUCAACUUCCUGUCUUAAUUGUGAACGCCAGCCAACUCUAAAUUACUGCUUAAACAGCCAAAGCAAUGACUAUUCUCUGUGCACUUCUACUAGCGUAUUUUUUAAUUAGUCAACCUGUGGGAAGUCUCAAGUAUUUUCAAGUGAUGAUGGCUUAAUUCAAACAGGAACAUUUUCUCAAGGAGCUUUAUGUGUAUGAGUUCUUGAUUUAACCAAAUAUAAAACUACAAAUUCAACGAACUACGUUUCAUUGUCAUUUUUCUUUUCAAGGACUUAUAAAACUGGAGGUUUAAAGCUACUUUAUUACAAUUUAUCACCAGAUUACAUUACAAAUGGAAACCAGCAGUAUUCUGCAACUGAAAUUAUUAUAAAUAAUAUAGGAUACCAAAACACUUAUAAAAUUGACGAUGGAAACUAUUUUGUAUUAGGCUAUUUUACAGGUGAUGACUAUAAAACUUAUUCUGGGUUAACUUUUAAAUGAAGAAUAAAUAAAUAUUCUUCAAGUAAGCCUCCAAAUGAAGUGGUCGUCAUUGUUGUGGUAAUUGUGGUGUCUGUGGUAGUUUUUUCAUGCUGCUCUGCUUGCAUAUAUAAAGUAAGAUCAACUAUAAGAAAUGCAAGAAUCCACAAUAUUGCAAAUUUUAAUGCAGAUAGAGCAAGACAGUAUGAAAUGAUUAUGCAUAAUCAAUCGAUUUCAGUCGUUUCAGACGAUUUAUUAGACUUGCAUUUACCUAAACUAAUUUUUGAUGAAUCUCUUACAGAGUGAGGAGUUAAAACUUGUUGCAUUUGCUUUGAGGAGUAAUUUUUAUAUAGUUUUUUUAAUGGGAAUGAGGUGAGAAAAUUGAUUUGUAAGCAUAUAUAUCAUUCAAAGUGUAUUGAAGAAUGGUUUAAAGGCUCAAGGGAUAUACCUAGAUGUCCGGUUUGCAAAGGAAAUCCUUUUAAUACAAAUUGUGACCAAUCUGAGUUAAUAGCAAGUCCGCAGUCUCCUUUUUUGGUAUAA